AAUUUUUAUUCCUUUCUGUAGCGUGCGUGGGGUGGUUGUGAAAUUUUGUCCAAUCACACAAUUAAUAUAUUUUUAUUGCGCUGCACUUUGUCUGUCUAUCGUUGCGCAAAAGCGCAUUGUUUAUUUGUUUAAAAAAAUAUAGUUGCCCCUUUUUUGAUUGUUUGUUGACGUGUUUCCAAUAAGUGCUUGUGAUUUUGUGUGGUGCACGGAAACCGUUGCGAACAUCUUUGUUUUGGUGUGAAGUGGUAAGGGCAGUGAAAAUGCCGACGAGUGCAGUGUACCAGCCGACGACGGUGACGUACGAGCAGCAGCCGAAUGACCAGAGAUGGAACUGCCCGAUCAGCUACUUCUCACGGCGCGUGACGAGUAGUCUGAACCGGGCAGUUUGCGUCAGGCUUGGUUUAUGCCUCUUGGGUAGCACACUCUUCAUAAUCGGUCUAGCGCUGCUGAUAGCAGGCGGCGUGGAGUACUCCAGCGCACCAGCGUCCAUCACACCAGACAGUCCAGACACCGGCGUCGGCACUCUCAUCGCUGGCGGUGUACUACUCUGCCUUGGACUCUUGUUUAUUGGUGUAGGCGGCUGGGCAUGGUCAGCACGAUGGGGCGGUGGCAAGGAGGCCCAGACGGGCGGUGCGGCGGCGCUGACCGCGCUCAACCCGUCCACGGACCCGCUCGUUGCCGCGCAGUACGCGCCCGUGAGGGACGCGCCGCCUGCGCCCGACGACGAGAUGCGCAACCUCAUGGAUAAUAAAGAAUGCUUGAGCAGCGCAGAGGAAAGCGACAAAAUGCUGGACGGCCGGCCAUCAGUAGCAUAGGCCUCCGGCACACCCCGCCCACGAGAGAUUACUCACUACUUCGAGCUUAGGCCCGCCCUAACGUCCCCCUACCCCGCCGAAGUGGUAUUACAGUAUAUUUUUGGUAUUGUAACAUUACUACAUUAGUAACAAUUUAUUUUUAUCGCGUAAAAGUAUGGUAAAUCGUAACUCUAAUACCACUUUGACGUAUUCCGUGUCCAUAAACUUCAGGUGUUGCAUUUUGUGGUACAAAGUAUAAAAGCGUGCGAUAUAACGCCUAGGUAUAUCGCAGUAAGAGUGCUUGUCGUGUGAUAGUAUUGAUUUAUUUAUAAAACGCUUUCUUAUACCCCAACAUUAAUUACGUUGUAAGUGAAUUUUAUUGCGAUUUUUUAUCAUCCAAUCAAUUAUAUCUACUUAUUUUCGAAUAUACUUUUUAAGGUUUCAUGUUAAAAUCAUAAGCACAAUAUUUCUAAAUUAUCAAAUUUAUAUUUAAGGAAAUUGAGUAUUCUUUCGGAUGUGUUCAAUUAACAUUCUUAUCAAUUUUUGACUUUUGACAUACUAUGUCCUUAAAUUGUACGUGUUUUGAACAUUAUAUUGCAAUAUUGUACGAAGCUUGGUAAGAUUUGUCUUAACAUUAAUUAUUGAAAGACAUGUGGCCAAAUUAUCGUCCAGAUUAGUGUAGAAAUGGAUACUUAAUGUAUUUAUUACUAGUAAGAUAUCGAAUCUCAUUUAUCUAUAAAACAUUCUUAUUCGAAUUGACUUCUUCAUAAAAUAAAUGUAAUUAAGUUAAGUUUAGUAGUAUGGUAUGAGGUGGGCAGGUCUGUGCGAAAUCGUUUAAUAUUGAAUCAUUGUCGAAUACGCGUGUUUGAAAGCAAGUCUCCGGAGUCCGAGUGCAUUGAUGAGGUGAGGCAACUCGCUGCCUACACGUAACGAGUGAUACAAGGCAAUGACGCACGUCCGUUUAUGCGCCUACGUCGUUAUCGGUACAUAGAAAGCUAUAGAAAGAUUUUAUAUUGUACCUUUCGUUGACGAAUACGAAACGAAUUUAUAUUGGAAAUGUUUACGAAAAAUGUGUUGAUCACAAUGAAUCGAGGUUGUUAUAUAUCGCACUUAUGGUUGAAUGGAUUGCAUAGCAUUUAAUUUUUAUAUUCUACUGGUAAUUUCGAUUAAAUAUUCAAGCUCUCUGUAUGUUUCGAAAUACUUGAUUCAAUAACUUUUACAUCACAGUAUCGUUCGGUGACAAACUUAAGAUAAUUUAAGAGAUACAGUUUAAAAAUUAAAAUUGUAAAUAAUCAGGAUUAAAUGUAGUCGUAAGCUUCAGUGUUAUCGUAAGAGUAUGAUGCAGGGCUUGAAAACGUUUAAGGUUACGAGUUACGCUGUGUGCGUCAAGCUAGCGGCCUCAAAAAAAAAAUGGGCACGAAAAAAUAAUUUGACCAUACCAAAAAAUAGUACUCUUAUUGAAAAAAAUAGUACCUGUUGUAAAAAAAUUAGUACCUUCACGGUUCUGGAUUUAUAGCCAUGUUUUAUUGCACUUGCUAGCUUGACGGUGAGCGAAAUUUGGCGAGAGUUAACGACAAGGUCUUUCGCUUUGAUUUAAACGCCAAAAAAUAGUACCGAAAUAGUACUUACCCCCUGCAAAAUACCGAAAUGAGUACUUCAACGGUUCCAAAGUUAUAAAGGCAGUUCUUUGCUCCCGCUGGCUUGACGUUUUGAAAAUACCUAUUAUCUAGGGAACGCUUGCAUACUUCAGUUUGUAACUAAUGUCAAUAAACUCGUAUGAAAUAGUACUCCCUACCAUCAUAAUUUGGACCUGAUUCUCUUUGUAGAAAUAUGUCAAAAAGUCAUUAUAACCUAUGUCAUACAUUUAUCAAGACAGGUACAGUCGCGAACAAAAUUAUUACACAUGCUCAAGAAGAAUGUUGUCAGAUUUUAGUAUUUUUUCCCCAUUUUUGGGUAAAAAUUGGUGAAGUGCCAGGGUUGUCAGAUGAAAGUAAUAUCAUUGUUGAAACUCUUUGAGUUAUUCUACAAAUACUGCAAAUUAUUUAUUAACAAACACUUCGAUCCGUAACAAAUUGAACAUGAAGGUAUAAAUUAUAAAAUAAAACAGCUGAUUAAAAAUGUAUUAUGAUGUAUUAAAAUCACAGAUUGUUUUCAAUAAGAACUGGACCUAUGCAGCCAUUUUCUAUUAAAAUUAUUGCAUAUGGGUGUAUGCAAUAGCAAUUUUUUGUAAUAGCAACACUCUGAAGUGCAAAGAAAUGGUAGGGUAGACCUCCAAAAUGGCAAUACUGGCGAUGGCAAUACUUACGAAUAAAUUGUGAGGUUAUGUAAUUGUCUACGUGACUGUAUCAACAACAAAUGUAUGGCAUAGGUUAUGAUGAUUUUUUAACAUAUUUCUAGAAAGAGAAUCGGAUCAAAAUUAUGAUGGUAGGAAGUACUAUUUCAUACGAGUUUAUUGAAAUUAGUUACAUACUGAAGUAUGCAAGCGUUCCCUAGAUAAUAGGUAUUUUCAAAACGUCAAGCCAGCGGGAGCAAAGAACUGCCUUUAUAACUUUGGAACCGUUGAAGUACUCAUUUCGGUAUUUUGCAGGGGGUAAGUACUAUUUCGGUACUAUUUUUUGGCGUUUAAAUCAAAGCGAAAGACCUUGUCGUUAACUCUCGCCAAAUUUCGCUCACCGUCAAGCUAGCAAGUGCAAUAAAACAUGGCUAUAAAUCCAGAACCGUGAAGGUACUAAUUUUUUUACAACAGGUACUAUUUUUUUCAAUAAGAGUACUACUUUUUGGUAUGGUCAAAUUAUUUUUUCGUGCCCAUUUUUUUUUUGAGGCCGCUAGCUUGACGCACACGUUACGCUACCGUUUUACGGACCAAUAAGAAAUCGGUACCGUAAUUUCAUGCCGGUAUCGUAACCUUAACCGCUUUCAAGCCCUGGAUCGCGAAUCUAUAGUAGAAUAGGCUAUUAGCGUCCAUUUAAUUUUCAGCUAGCUGUGGUAUCAUGUUUUUCUAUAAAAUUAUUUUAUACUAAAGGGUGCAAUCUUAUUGAUAUUUCCCAUUAUAUUUUAUUUAUAAUUUUUGUUUAGUACUUAAAGUACAGUACUUAUAUUGCAAUUUUAUUUUUCAUGUAUUUACAGAUUGUCUGUCACAGCAUGUUUAAACUUUUAAAUAAAGUAAGUCAUAUUCCUGA